GUCUUAAUGAUAUGAUGUGGCUGAGUUAUGUAAAUUGUUUUUUCAUGUGAGCAGAUGGAAUAUUGGAAAUCACACCGGACGCUUAAAUGUGCAAGGGAAAUCGAUGAGGGCACACCUGAGUGUGGUUUUGAACUCUUGCCUUCUUACUUAUACAUGAUAAGAAGGGCAAAUCCGAAUACAGUUACGCGUCUUCAAAUCGAUGAGCUUGGAAGAUUCAUGUAUGUGUUUCUUGCGUUUGGUGCGAGCGUUAAUGGGUUUCCUUUCAUGCGCAAAGUUGUUGUCGUCGACGGUACGUUUCUUAAUGGUAAAUAUAAAGGGACGCUACUCACAGCACUAGCUCAGGAUGGUAACUUUCAGAUUUUUCCAAUAGCCUUCGCAGUGGUUGACACUGAAAAUGAUGAUUCGUGGAAUUGGUUUUUUACGCAACUAAAAGUGUUGAUUCCUGACCAGGAGGGUCUUGCGAUAAUAUCAGAUAGGCAUAACUCGAUAGGGAAAGCAAUUACAAAUGUGUAUCCGUUAGCUGCUCGUGGAAUAUGCACCUAUCAUUUGUAUAAAAACAUAUUGGGACGGUACAAAGGAAAAGAUGUAUUUCGGCUGGUGAAGAAAGCGGCGAGAUGUUUUAGAAUGUCUGACUUUGAUAUGAUUUUCGAGGAGAUUGAAGCACUUAAUCCUGAUCUCCACGGCUACCUCGAAAGAGCUGAUGUCAGACUGUGGACACGUGUUUAUUUCCCGGGCGAGAGGUACAAUUUGAUGACUACGAACAUAGCGGAAUCAAUGAACAGAGCAUUAUCGCAUGCUAGAGGUCUUAACAUUGUUCGAAUAUUGGAAUCGAUACGGGUUAUGAUGACCAGAUGGUUUGCUGAACGAAGAGUGGAUGCCAGAUCGCAGUCAACCACACUCACGCGCGGUGUGGAGAAACUAUUACAAGUAAGUCAGUCGUAACAGUAAAAUAAGUCAGUCUUUAAAUCUAAUAAGUCAAUCGUUAUAUUGCAUAAGCCAGCUUUAUAAAUAAUAAGUAAGCCGUUUCACGAAUAUUGGGUUUUGUUAAUAGGGACGUGUAAGUGCCUCCCGGGAUUGGACGGUUCAAAGGAUUGAUGACCAUCACACUGAAGUGAAAUAUGGCGCUGCUGGCGAGUCUUUGAAUGUUGUUAAUUUGGUUGAGCGAAAGUGCACAUGUCGGCGUUUCGAUGUCGAGAAAAUACCAUGUGUAUACGCAAUCGCAGCUGCAGAGGAAAGAAAUGUUUCUCGAAUAUCACUGUGCAGUCCUUACUAUAAAAGCACUUAUUUAGCUAGCGCAUACGCUGAAUCGGUCAUGCCGGUUGACUCAGCGCUACCUGUUCCAGAUAACGUGGCUAACGUACAGUGCUUUCCACCGUUUAUUCGUCAACAACCGGGAAGACCUAAAAAAAAUAGGAUGAAAUCUGCUUUAGAAGUUGCACUUGCAAACAAACGUCCUAGGAAAGAGCACAUAUGUUCUCGUUGCAGUCAAAGUGGACAUAAUGCGAGAACUUGUCCGAUAUAAGCAAUUGCUUUUCAUGUUGUUUUGAAAUACGGCUGGGUUUUGUGUUGUAAUACGGCUGGGUUUUGUGUGUUGUAAUACGGCUGGGUUUUAUUUUCAUUGAUUUGCACAACGGCUGGAUUAUUAUUUGUAAUACGGCUGGGUUUUGUGUUGUAAUACGGCUGGGUUUUUUUGUAUUGUGGUUGGGUUUUUAUUUUCAUUGAUUUGCCCGCUUCCCAUUACUCAAGAGAGACACAGACAUCGAAAAACGAAAUGUCCGUACUUAAUUGCCCUACGUUACGUAAUAGCCCCUACGUAAUUAUUGAUUAUAAAGUGGAAUACGAAAGUAGCGAAUUAAAUUAAGAGAAAUUAAUCUUCAUUGGCUGAGAUAAUGUUACUCACACGCCUAAUAAUUGUCGUGAUUUCUAAUGUCAGCUCUUUUAUUCAAACGCAGUUGAAAAAAACUUCCCCGCUAGAAACACGAAACGUCGCGAAGUCAAUUAAGGCUGAGUUAUUGUAAUACACGGCUGAGUUAUGGAUUAAAUUCCCGCUCAAAAUAAGAAAUAAGAAACGCCGCGAUACGAAACUACAACCGUUAACUGCAGAUAAAUAAGGUACUUCUCAAACAAUUACACAUCUUCAACUCUCUAUCUUUUACACAACUGUCCUCUCAGAGAAAAUGGAAUAUUUCCCUCUGCUUGAAUUGCCUGAAGAUCUUCAGGCAAUGGUGGUUGAGCGUGUGGCCCGUAACUCCUUCCAAGAUCUCUACCGCCUCAGAGCAUCGUCCAGGUCGAUGAAGGCGUUAGCAGAGAUGCGUAGGGUAUACCAUUAUUUCGAUGUGUUAUCCUUUCCCUGGGGUCUCAUUAUGCCAUCUCAGUUGUUGAAAACUUGCUACGCUGAGAACAAUCCAAGCACAAUUUAUGUAAAGGGUGUACAGUUUUUCUACUCAUACGAUGAGCAAGAUUAUGGCCUUUCUCUCCUCAAGCGUGCAGCAGAUGCAGGAUAUGAGCGUGCAGUGUAUACACACGCUAUGACUGAAGCAAUCUUUUACGGUGAUGCGCAGUAUUUUCGGAGAAUUCCAAGAGCAACUGUUGACAGGGUCGGGAAACUUGUUCGAGAUGCGAAAUGGGGAUGGGGUUUGUGGCAUACUGACGAGUUCCGUCAAAUUAAGGCCAUGUUCACUUCUACUUAUGUUCCGUCCUUCUACCUUUGCCAAUGUGCAAAUGUUGUGGACCGACAAUGUCUCUGCCUAUGGCACAUUGAUGUGACUAAGGACGACAACAUGUGUGAGCGCUGUUUCUGGAUCAAAGAGAUUUCCUUGUUCUUUCGUGAUUUUGAACCGAUAAGCCUGUUUAGGGACACAAGUAAGUGGUGAAGAUGUCUCUGCAUCAGAAUCUUAUCUUUUUUAUGUUUUUUGCUAUGCCAUUAUGUAUGUCGAACAAAAAAAUUAUAUAUUCUGUUUUUAUGGCUGACU